UCAUCCCCACCGCCCUUCUCCAACUCUCUCUAUUUCUGUCUCCCUCUCUGGACUCGGCCAUUUCCAUCGCCAAGCCGGAGCUCAGUCGCGCCCGGAGCUCGCCGCUCUCGCACCUCCCAGGCCCCCUCCUCCUCCUCCAUGACAACGCCAAAAGCCGGGUCCGUGUCCUCGCUUGGAAUUCCCCAAAAUGCCCUCGCACUUCCUCGCUAAUCCCUCCCUCGCCCCCUCCUCCGACCGCGCCUCCUCCGACCUCCCCCUCGGCGACUCCAUGGCCGCCGCCGCCGCCUCCUCGUCCUCGUCCUCGUCCUCAUCCCCCUCGAGGUACCCCGAAAUCUGGAACUACCUCUGGAUCCCCCUCUUGAUCUCCUUUUCCAAGGAGCUAGCCCUAGCCAAGGCGCAGCCGGGGAUCCUCCUGCCGGGCCAGCUAGAGAAUGAGGCGGCGGCGGCGGCGGCGGCGGCGGCGAGCGGCGGCGUCGUCCCGAGCUGCCCCGCGGCCGACCCCAAGCUCAACUUCCGGCCGGUGAUCGGGAUCCUCAGCCACCCCGGGGACGGCGCCUCCGGCAGGCUCAACAACGCGUCCAACGCCUCGUACAUCGCUGCGUCGUACGUGAAGUUCGUCGAGUCCGCCGGCGCCAGGGUGAUUCCGUUGAUUUAUAACGAGCCGCGGGAGGUUCUCCUUGAGAAGCUCAACAUGGUUAAUGGAGUGCUCUUUACUGGUGGGUGGGCUAAAACCGGAUUGUAUUAUGAGACUGUGGAGGCAAUUUUCAAGAAAGUUUUGGCAAAGAAUGAUGCUGGUGACCACUUCCCAUUGUAUGCCAUCUGCUUGGGCUUUGAACUAUUGACAAUGAUAGUCAGCAAGGACAAAAGCAUUCUUGAGGAAUUUAAUGCUGCAGAUCAAGCAUCCACUCUACAAUUUAUGAGAAACACAAACAUUGAAGGAACAGUAUUUCAAAGAUUUCCGCCAGAUUUGCUUAAAAAGUUGAGUACAGAUUGCCUUGUCAUGCAAAAUCAUCAUUAUGGCAUAUCGCCAGAAAGACUGAUUCGGAGCACUGACUUAACGAAUUUCUUUAAGGUCUUGACAACCAGCAUGGAUGGAGACAACAAGGUCUAUGUCUCCACAGUCCAAGCACACAGUUACCCUGUAACUGCUUUCCAAUGGCAUCCAGAGAAAAAUGCUUUCGAAUGGGGUUUGUCCAUGAUACCACACUCAGAUGAUGCCAUUCAAGUUACACAGCAUGUAGCGAACUUCUUUGUUAGUGAGGCUAGGAAGUCCACGAACCGGGCGUCUGCUCGAAAAGUGCUUGACAAUCUGAUAUAUAAUUACAGUCCCACGUAUUGUGGGAAAGCAGGGAAGGGAUAUGACGAGGUUUAUAUCUUCACGUGACUGCGAAGCCCUCAUUUUUCAUGGGCGUCAAGUCUCCUAUGCUGAAGAAGGCGCUGUACUGAAUUGCUCAAAUGAGAUCAUGAGAUGUAUGGACAUUAUUAUUUUAAUGGCAAGUGCUGAACAUUGUCCUAGUUAUCUGAACUCGAACUAUGCAUAUGAUUUGUACCUUGUAAACUAAUCGAUGACUUGAUGAGUCAAUCAAUGGACGAGCUAGGGUCAUCUCUCUGCUAGUAGUUCCUUUGAUUGAUCGGAAGA